UUUGGGAUGGUCUCUCCGCCGUAGCCGUAGCAGCAGUCGGUCAGUAUUAUUGAUGUCUCUUGCCCCGACAUUUCCAUGGUAACUGUCCUGUUCAAGGUCUGAUCAGUAGGAGCCGAGCUGUGCCGUGAGAAUGGAGCUGGAGGAGAAAAACCCAGACCCCAAAUACGGGGAGUCCAGGAAGUUUGAUCCAAACUUCAAAGGACCGAUCCACAACAGGGGCUGCACAGAUAUCUUCUGCUGUAUUCUCUUCAUCGUGUUCUUGUUUGGGUACUUUGCUGUGGGUAUCCUGGCGUGGUCUCAGGGUGACCCCAGAAAAGUGAUUUAUCCCACAGACAGUAGGGGCCAGUUCUGUGGGCAGGCUGGAACAAACUUGGAAAAGAAACCUCUCCUGUUUUACUUCAACAUUCUGAAAUGUGCCAGUCCUUUGGUGCUGCUGGAGUUUCAGUGUCCCACCACACAGUUAUGUGUGGAAAAGUGUCCUGACAGGUAUCUGACGUUGGUGAAAGCAAAGUUAGGCAACAAAGAUGACCAUGAAUACUACAAGAGAUACUGCAAGGAAGGAAUUGACUUUGCUAAAUUGAGUCCUCCUGAGAUCCUCAGGGAUGGCCUGUGUCCUGCCAUGCUGAUUCCCAGUAAACCCUUCACACGCCGCUGCCUUCCAGCCCUGGAAACUAUGAAAGGUGGGGUAGUGGUGGUGGGCAAUGAGACCACGUUCGUUGAUGACAAUGGCGUCAGUGUCAAUGCCUCAGAGGUGCUGGAGGCUUCAAAGAAGUCAAAUGUGGUUGUUGAAGCUCGCCAGGUGGCCAUGAGAAUCUUUGAGGACUACACUCAGUCUUGGCAUUGGAUAUUACUAGGCCUGCUGAUUGCCAUGGUUGUCAGCUUGAUUUUCAUCGUUCUGCUGCGAUUCUUGGCGGGUGUCAUGGUCUGGGUCAUGAUUGUUUUGGUUAUUCUUGUCAUUGGAUACGGUAUAUUCCACUGCUACCUGGAAUUUGCCGCUCUGAAGGGUGAGCCCGGCGCUAAUGUUACCAUCAGGGACCUGGGCUUGCAGACAGACUUUUCUAUCUACCUGCAGAUCAGACAGACCUGGCUGGCCUUCAUGAUCAUCCUUGCCAUUGUGGAGGUCAUCAUCCUCCUGCUGCUCAUCUUCCUCAGGAAGAGGAUCCUGAUCGCCAUCGCUCUCAUCAAAGAAGCCAGCAGGGCUGUUGGCCAUGUUAUGUCAGCUCUGUUCUACCCACUACUGACCUUUGCCCUUCUGGCCGUGGUGAUCGCUUACUGGGUCGUUACAGCCGUUUUCUUGUCUACGUCCAAUGAGCAGGUGUACAAAGUGUUCAACAACUCUGAUUGUCCGUUUGCACGGGAAACCUGCAAUCCAGAGACGUUCAACACCUCCAAUGCUUCAGCUGUGUGCACAGAUGCAGAGUGUCUGUUUGCCUUCUACGGUGGCGAGACGCUCUACCACAAAUACCUCAUCCUGUUUCAGUUCUAUAACGUCUUCCUCUUCUUCUGGUGUGCCAACUUUGUGACGGCCCUGGGCCAGGUUACUCUGGCAGGGGCAUUUGCAUCAUAUUACUGGGCCUUCAAGAAGCCGGAUGAUAUCCCUGCUUUCCCCAUCUUCUCCUCUUUGGGACGGGCCCUCAGAUACCACACAGGGUCCCUGGCUUUUGGUUCUCUGAUCCUAUCUUUGGUCCAGGUCAUUAGGGUCAUUUUGGAAUAUCUGGAUCACAAGUUACAAGGCGCUCAGAACAAGUUUGCUAAAUUUCUGCUAAGCUGCAUGAAGUGCUGCUUCUGGUGUCUGGAGAAAUGUAUCAAGUUCCUGAACAGAAAUGCUUACAUCAUGAUUGCAAUCUAUGGCAAAAGUUUCUGUACAUCGGCUCGAGAUGCUUUCUUCCUUCUCAUGAGGAACAUUAUCAGGGUGGCUGUUUUAGAUAAAGUGACUGACUUCCUGCUGUUUCUUGGGAAGCUCCUUAUUGUUGGCAUCGUAGGGAUUUUCUCUUUCUUCUUCUUCUCUGGAAGAAUCAAAGCUGUAGAGGAGGCUGCCCCAUCUCUCAACUACUACUGGGUGCCAAUCCUGACGCUGGUAGUGGGAUCGUACCUGAUCGCUCAUGGCUUCUUCAGCGUGUACGGCAUGUGUGUGGACACACUGUUCCUUUGCUUCUGUGAGGACUUGGAAAGAAAUGACGGCUCCUCUGAGAGGCCUUACUUCAUGUCUCCUGAGCUGCAUGAGAUCCUCUCCAAAGCGAAGAAGGUGGAAGAAUGUGACGGCUUUGAGCAGGCAGACGCUGCAAAGCAAGCGGACGAGGUGAAAUUGGAAGAGGAAACACCUCUUCAGCAUCAGGACGGAGAGGUACAGCUGACCCAGCAGAAUGUGCUCAAGCAGGAAAAUGAGGAGGAGCAGCCCCUGCAGUCCAAAGUUGAUUCUGAAGAGCCAAACGAGAAGACAGAGGAAGAAAUCGUUAAUGAGGCAGAGGCAACUGAGAAGACAGAAGAACCAGAGGUGACAGAAGCAGCAGAAAAACAGGAGCUGAAAGCAGAGAAGACAGAGGAGGUGCCAGCUACUGCUGAAGAAGAUAAAACAAAGGAGACUGGUGAAAAAACUGAGGAAAAAAAGGAUGUUAAGGAAGAUAGUCCUUCAUCAGCACCACAGGAGUAGGUCUUGCAAAGGAAGUGAAGCUUGGUAAACCUCUUAAAGCAUAAAGAAUUAAAAUGUGUACCUACAACUUUGUGAUAUGGACCUGUUAAAUGUUCAGCAUACUAGAAAACUUCAGCUGGCUUUGCUAUGCGAGUGAAGUGACGUCCACCAGGAGGAGGCUGCUGUCAGGGUCAGAAUGAAGCAGGUGCAUCAAAAGCCCAGUGCAUCUCUGUAGCUUGGAAAAAAAAAGGCUCCUUUGUGUUGGUUUUAGAGCGUGUCGGUUUUUUAUAUUGUGAAGAUCUGUAGAACAUAGUGAGUGCUGAACCUGUGCCUGAUUACUGUCAGUAUUUGUUGUCUUAAUCCCAUCACUGGAUGCACUACAGAACCACUUAAGAACCAUGUUUACAGUCAGAACAAACAUCUCAAUCAAUGGUGAAUCUCUUUCACUGUUUACAAUAUACCAGCUGACGCCAAAAUGUUUCAGACUUAUUUGAUAUACUCUAUAAAUACUGGAUCUUUUUUUGCCUAUAGAACUUGUGUAUAUACAGUAGUGUGUUUAUUAUGUACUUUUUGGCUUUGGUCUUAUUGAGAUCCUCACCAAGAAGGGAUCCCAUAUAUUGUAUUGCCACCUACUUGCCUUGCUACUGGCGUAAGUGCUGUGAUUGUGUAGCCAUGAUGCAGAAAUCAUGACCUCUUGUAAUCUGAUGACCCCCCUCCCCAUCUCCUCCCACUUGUUUACAAACUCCAGCUACCUUACUCUGUCCUUCCCCUGAAUUUGUCUCUCCAUCUAAGUGCUGCAUGGUAUUGACAUGGCCUUCUGAAUGCUCGCAACAUCUUAAAUCUUUGGAUGCUUUUGUACCUCUUUUCUUGUCUGCCACCUUGCGUAAGAUGUAAGUUAAUUUUACACUGAAAACACUGAUGACAUUCCAUAGUUAUUUGGAUGUAAAUCUUGAAUAAAGGUGAUUGUAUUUAAUCAUUGUAUUUCUGUAAUGGGUAAAUGUGAUUUACGAUGGUUUAGGGUCUGGAAACUGGUGACUUUUCAGGUCUAAGACAGUUCAGACUUAAACAACUAUUUAAAAUUCAAUUUACUUCUUUAAUUGUCACUUUUGGCUUGUGGACCUUCAAAAUUGUAAGUAACACCCUAAUCAUACAUUCUUGGCUUUGUGUAGUCGUGAUUUGUGAACAUUUCAAAUGGAGAGAUACUUUAAUGAAAAUAAAAAAAAGUCAGACUGAAUAAACCAUUCUUUGCAACAAAA